GUCAUGUGAGUUUUUCAAAAUAAACUUCCCGUUGCUUGCCGAAGUAAACAGACGAACAUGGCGCCUCUUGAGCUACUUUCUUCGCUCACUCAGCUCCUAACUUUGAGUAAUGUCUUUCUUUUCGUGUUAUUCGCACUCCUGCUGAACUUCGUAUUGGGUUUGUACGAGUUUCGAGGCAUGCCUCCGGGACCUCGGUACACCAGACUUCCCGUGAUCGGAAAUUUUAUGAACUUCGACUACAGGGAAGAAGAUUUACGAAAUAUGACCAAAAGCUUAAGGAGGGCUUACGGAGGUGUAUUUGCUGUGCAAGCCGGCAGCUUUAGGAUGGUGUUUGUAACCACGCCCAAGGCCGUGAAAGAAGUGCUGGUGACCAGGUCAGCAGAUUAUGCGGGCCGACCUCCGUUCUACAGUUUUAUCGACUCAUCUUUAGGCGGUAAAGGUUUAGCUCUUGGAAAUUAUGGGCCAGCAUGGAGACUGCACCGCAAGUUAUUCACCUCAUCCCUUCGUCAGUACCUGAGCGACAUCCCACUCUUUGAGUCUCGAGUCGCAGAACAAGCCAGAAAGCUGUUGAAAUACUUUGAAGACCAACAAAGCCAACCAUUUGACCCUGCGGAUAAGAUAAGGCAGAGCGUAGCGGAUGUUAUCUGUGGAAUAACGUUUGGCGAUAAGUUCAACUCAACGCACCCAGCGUUCGACAGUUUUUUCCGUGGAGUUGUGUCAGAUAUGGACGAUCCUGAAUUGACCGCUGCAAUUGGGCUGUUAGACUUGUUUUCUUGGGCACAAUAUCUUCCGUUCGAGGCGUAUAAAGAAAUGAGAAAGGGGAAUGAGAAAGCGUAUGAUGUUCUUCGUAUGUUGCUAGACCAAGGCAAGAAGACGUAUGAUGACACGCAACCCGCGCGUGAUCUGAUGACUGCCUUACUUCAAGAGAGAGUAAAAGCUGAGGCUGAGAACGAAGAGCAGAAGCAGGUGUUACUGGCUGAUGAUUACCUGUUAAACCAGCUUGGGGACAUGUUCAUUGCUGGCUACGAGACGACCAGCACCUCUCUUCGCUGGGCCAUUACGUUCCUGGUCAACUAUCCGGAGUAUCAGGAAGAGAUUUACCAACAGUUAGAUCAGGUAAUUGGACCAGAUCGAAUGCCGACACUCGCCGACCGACCCCAGUUAGCCAUCAUUCAAGCCACUAUUAUGGAAGUCCUUCGUGUUGGAAACGUUGCCGAUAUGGCUCUUCCUCAUUACACGCUGAAGGAUACGUUGCUGUGUGGUUACCGUGUGCCAAAGGACACGGUUGUCUUGGUGGAUUUGAUGUCUGUCCAUAUGGACCCGGGGUGCUGGGACAACCCGACACAGUUCAACCCCCACCGACAUCUCACUGACAAAGGUGAGCUGAUCACAAGCCAAGGGAACUUUCUGCCAUUCUCCGCGGGCAGACGUGUGUGUGCUGGUGAAUCUCUCGCUAAAGUCGAGCUCUUCCUCUUUCUCUCCUGGAUGCUGCACAAAUUCCGCUUCGUUGGGGAAGAAGGGAAGCCGCCUCCUACCAUGGAGGUCAACUCGGGGUUUACGCAGAGUCCAAAGAAAUACAAGAUUCGUGCUAUUAAGCGAAACUAAAACUUCAGAUACCCGUCUACAAAAACUCCUUCGCAAUGGAACUUCACACUAAGAUUUCUAUAGAGCAAGCCGGGGAAAGUACAAUGGAAGUUUUGCCGCAAGCAUAACGAUGGAUGGUGAAAAGUAACAUUAACUGGUAGGAAUGUAUUUCGUCUACUGUGUGUAAACUGUCACGCGCGAGAAAAUAAUCGCAGGGUUUCGGGAUACGCUAGUACUUGUCACGCGGGAAAUUAAAGCGAGGUGACUGGUUUCGCUAUUUUUUUAACCUCAUCAUUUUAGACCAUUUACCGCCAACUUGUGCCGGGAGUUUUUGUUUAGUAAGUGGUCAAUGUAAGCUUAACCUCCCCAACUGUAGGCGUGUCCAAAUUGUUUUCAAGUGAUAGUAGAGAAUCGUAAAUCCAGCGCCUAGUCCCGUCUCGUGAGCAUUCAACUAUCGGUAGAAAGCUGGAUCUGGAGCAGUUAUUUCUAGGUAUCAUCUAGGUCUAGUAAAACUCUAAUACAGCCAGGUUCGGUAUUUAGGAAGUUGGAAUUCUGUCAAUCAUUGUGAUCACGCGUGAAGCUUGCCAUGCGCACUAGCGCAGCAAGCAUUUAGCGUGUUACCUUCGUAGUCAAUAAUAACCAUGUAAUCAUUACGUUGGUCACGGCAGUCCAAGGGUAACUAACUGGUCUCCUCCUACCCACCACCUACCCACCGUAAGAAGGUCGCCCUUCGUACACCCAUUGGCUCAAAACCAACCUUAUCUAAACAAAGCUGGACGCUUUUUGGGGUAUUAGUGAAAGUUUCCCGUUUGGGCUUGGCGUCUCAGGAGCAUAAAGGGGAUGCGGUAGAUACUCCAGAAGUUAUUGUAAACAUCCUGUAAACAUCUUUUUGUCCUCCGUCGUGUAUGUAACAACGUACAGAAGUAAAACCCGGUACCUACCCCCAAACCAAAGCGUCUUCUGGUUGUUACAUAGCACCUCGAGUUUUACUGGACUCUGCAAUGUUAGGCCUCAUGCAAAUAGCACGAACUACCUGGACGAACUACCUUGGCCUGGACGUUCUUAUGAAAAAGGUUCUUAUUAAAAAAGUGUAUUUUUACAAGGUUUGAGGCCAUUUUCGGUAGCACUCAAAUCAAAUCCCGUCGAGAUUCUCGAGAAAGAAAAAACAAACAAAGGCAGGUAUUGCAGACCUAUGCCAGGGAACACUUACAUGUGCCAAAACAUACCAGAGCGGAUUCCACGCUACGAACAAGCUUCGAAACCAUUGCCCGGGCUACCUGUGGUCUGACUGAUGCAUUGAAAUAUCCCAAGGGCAAAAGGAACAGAGUUUGUUGGGCUAGAAUUAUGAUAAUAAACCAAAAAAAACCCCUC